AUGUCAUCCAAAGCUCCAUCUAACGAACAAAUUAAGAAAGACGUUAAAAAAGACGCCGAUAACAUUGCUAAAAAGGGUAAAGAAGAAUCCGAACACUUGAAGAAGCAAGGCAAAGAAGCUGUCGACGAAGCCAGUGAAAAGGGUAAAGAAUUCAUUGAUCAAGCUAACAAAAAGGGUAAAGAAUUAUUAGAUGAAGCUAACGAUAAAAGCAAAGAAUUCUUGAAGGAAGCUAGAAAAGAGUUGAACCAUUUAGAAGAGGAAGGACAAAACUUGUUGUCUCAAUUUGUUGCAUACGUUAAAUCUACUGCUAACUCAAUUGGACAAUCAUUAAAUAAAGCUGGAGCUGAAUUGCAACUGGCCACCAGUGCCGCUGUUUCCAGAACUUCGGUUGAAUUGCAAAAUCCUGUUGUCAUUGCUCAAAUUGCUGUUGCUGCUGGUGGUGCUGCUGCCGGUUACUUGGCCUACUUGGAAAGAUAUAGAAUCAAUACCGACAAUAAGUAUGUUGUUGGUAUACAUGCCUCCAUCAUUACCGGAUUAGUCGUACUCGAUGGAUACUUGUUUUCUACCUACUAUCCAAAAUACGAUAAAAAAGUUGCUAAAUAA